AUGGAUGCUCUGUUGGAAAAGUUCAAUGCGGAAAGACCAGGGGAUGCUCCGGAACCUGUCAAGAGGCAUCAGGUAGAUGCAAACUUCGAUCAGCCGAAUCCCUUCGAUUUGAAAUGGGCAGACAGGGACUACAGCAGCCAGUUCUAUCACAUGUACCAGUAUCGAUUGAACGUUCUGCGCGAAAGGGUUGUUAAAGAGUGUAAGGACAAGUGGGAUAAUGGGUUCAAGUUGAACGGUCGGCUCGUCGUUCAGAAGGAAAAAGUGCUCGAUAUCCAAGGCAGAGAGCCUUGCUGGUGUGUUGGCACGAUAUACUGUGAAAUGAAGUACAAACCGAAUAUUUUGGAGGAAGUCGUGAACGACACGUACGGCGUCCCGGACUUGGUGAAAAGUUACACCGACCCGCAAGGCGAGGACGAAAUUAUGCUCGAAGACGAGAGUGGGAGGGUUAUUCUCGUGGGGGAAUACAUCAGAACGACACCCUUUAUAACUGGCACCGUGGUCGGGAUACUGGGGAUGGAGGCAGACCCGGGUACUUUCCAGGUGCUCGAUAUCUGCUACCCAAGCGCGUUACCCCAGAUACCGCUGCCGCACCCUGUAAGCGAGGACCGUAAAAUUGCACUGGUGUCAGGGUUGAAUAUCAACACAACACAGCCCACGCGUAUCACAAGACUGAAAAUGCUGCAAGAGUACCUGACAGGGUAUCUGGACAAGACCGAGUAUGUCUCUGAGAUCUCGCGUCUGAUCGUAUGCGGCAAUUCGGUCGAAUUUCAGACAGACGACGCGGAGAGAGGGAAAUUGACCAAAUGCUUGGAAGAGUUCGGUACAUUCCUGCGUAACGUCUUGCCCUCUAUCCCCGUUGACGUCAUGCCUGGCGCAAAUGACCCUAGUGAUAAAUCUUUGCCCCAACAGCCGCUGCACACUGCUCUGUUUGACGAGUCCAUGCGUCCAUAUUUCAGCGCGGAAAACCGACAACUACUAAAUCUAAUGACAAAUCCUUGUUCCUUCUCCCUGAAUGGGUGGGAUGUACUGGCCAUGUCAGGACAGAGUAUCAAUGAUAUUUGCAAGUACAUCAUACCGUACACGAAGGAAGGGAGUGACCCAAACUCGGAGGCAUCAUCUGAAACGAUGCCCACGGACACGACGGAGCACAGGUUGGAUUUAAUGGAGUGCACAAUGAAGUGGCAAAACAUCGCACCAACGGCACCGGACACCCUCUGGUGCUAUCCAUACAAGAACGACGAUCCGUUUAUCUUAAAGAGGUGGCCACAUGUGUACUGUGUGGGUAACCAGCCGGAAUUCGGUAGCAGAGUCAUUACGAUGAAUAACGGAGCGAAAAUCAAGAUGAUAGCGAUUCCUGAAUUCAGCACUACAGGUAAGAUUGUCCUGCUAAAUUUAAAGUCCUUGGAUACGGAGGUAGUACGUAUAGAUAUAUAG